UCCGUCCAUGGACCACGAGUCCCGAAUCCCGGAGCGUCGGCAAAAGAGAUUAUAUAUUUUAUUGUUGUUGUUGUUGUUGUUAUUAUUAUUAUCAUUAUUACGUUAGUUUUUUUACGCAUGCCUGUGCGUAGAAAAUCGGUAAAUAUUUAAUAUUAAUAUGUAAAUAGUAAAUUCAACUAAACUGCGGCCUGCAGGCGAGACAGUGACGAGUGGCGACGACGCGGCGGCGUGCAAUGUGCAUACAAUAAUUCCGCAAUUAUUAAUGUCGUCGUCGUCGGUCGUCGUCGAGUGACUAUAGUAGUUAUAUUCUCGACUUCUCGUCUUUCUUCGUAGGUAUUCCGACAUUCCGCGACGCCGCGUUACGGCCGUUUUCGUAACGUGUGCGACGCUGUAAGGCAAUAAAUUUAUCGUCGGAUUCCGCAAUGCCGGUCCCCGACGACGUCAAACGAUGUGAUGUCGCGUUGGGCCAAUGCCAGGCCAUAAGCACAACAAUUUGAUGCAUGCUUGUACCUGAUCUGCCUAAGUAACCAAUAACAACCAUUUAUAUACAAAAAAAAAAAAAAUACUUGUAUAAUUAUUUAUUCUAUUAUUGCUAUUAUAAUCUGCAACCAAUGGCAACCAUUUAUAAACAAACAAAAAAGUUUCAAUUUAAAACGUGAAUCUCAAGAUCCCUGUUUGACCAUCUCUUUGAAAUACGAGUAUCGGAAAAUCCUUUCUUAUUGCACAUCUAGACCAUUAGAGGAACCACUAUUCCAAAUUUCAAGUUCAUAGAACAAUUUUGAUGAAGACUGAAUAAAUAUUUAUGAAUGUUAAAACAAAUUUAGUCAUGACAAUUAAAUACAACCUUGCCAUUGUUGUAUUUGAUAUCAAAAAACGAAGUCAGUACUUUUUAAUCUAGUCCAUAUAAAUGUUAUACAAAUACAAUAUAAAUUAUCCAUCUACAUAGUUAUGUGAUUCAUAAAAAUGCCCAGAAGACCAUUGACAGAUGAACAACGAGAACAAUCUAGGAAACGUCGCUUAGAACGUGACCGUGAACGACAACGAAAAAGGCGUUUGGAUCCAGAGUUAAGAGCAAUUGAACGAGGAAAAAACACGAUUGCUAAAAGACUAUCUAGAUCUAAAGGGCUUUAUGGUGAUAACAUUGAUAAAUUAUAUUCAGAAGCUAAUAUUGACUGUUGUAAAAUCACAUCAUUGUUAGAUAAUGAAGUUAAUGUAGAUUUGGAAGAUCUCAAUCGAUUAAAAAAAGAAAGAGAUAAAGAAAGACAACGUCAAAGAAGAAUGGAUCCUGAAUUCCGUGCUAAAGAACGUGCAAGAAAUAGAAUAUUGAAAAGGAUUGCUCGACAAAAAAGUUUUUAUACUCUAGAGGUAUUAAAUUGUGAAUGUUGUGGAGAACCAAUAGAAAGUGACCAUGUAUGUUUUUCCAACAUAUUAUCAGUCGAACUCCACGAAAUUGAUGUUACCAAUAGUACCAUAAAAAAAGUCAUGAAUGGUACUAUGAAUGAUAGCUAACACUUUUUUAUUUUAUCAAAAUUAAGUUUUAUUUUUUCAUACAAUUUUCUAAAAAAAUUUUCAAACAUUUAUUUUGAAAGUUAAAACAUACUGAAAUUAUUAUUGUUUUUUAUUUUUUGUUUUUUUUAAAUAACUAUUUAUUAUGCAUUAUACAAUUAUGUGUGUAUUAAGUUUAAAUGAAAAAUGUGAUAUCACACUAAAACUUUACAUAAUAUUUUACAAUUAAUUAAUUGUAUUAGAAUGUGUGUUGUUAUAAAUAGAUUAACUUAUAAAAAUUUAAAUGUUUUUGUUAACAGUACACCAUUGUAUUACUGUUAACUAUCAAUUGUAACUAGAAAUUUGGACGUUAAUAACUUAAAAUUAUAAUUAUUAUUAUUUAAAUUAAAUAUUCUUAAACAGCUUAACACAUUGAUUGUGUUCUGAUGCAUAUUAGUAUCCAUAGGGUUGUUCAGCGACACCAUUUGGCAUAAAAUAUACAUUUAUUCAUCACAAGUUAUUAUUCUAUAAACGCAUUGAAAUGAGAACCACAAGAAGACGUACACAGCAAACAUGUUGAACGUUACAAAUAUUUUUUUUAAUUUUUUUACAAAUAAUUUUGAUAGAAAAUUAGAAGGUACUUAUCUAAAUUAAAGGUAUUAAUAUUUAUCAAAAGUAAAACAAUAUCUAUAGGUAUUCCUAUUUUAACACAUUCGCUGCGUAUCAUAAUAUUAAAAAAUCAAUGAAUGACGUGUUUCAUGUAUUUAUGAUAUAAUUUUUAUAGGAGACAUUAACAAAAUACGAAUAAUUUAAUCUUAACGCUGACCAAAUUGUAGAGAAUUUUAUAACAAGGUACAUGACGCCAAUUGACAUUAUUCAGCAUAAUAUGUGAACGAUGUUAAAUGAAGCCAUUUGGCGUUUUCCGUAGUGCACAUGUGAAGAAAAACACAACUUGGAUCUAAAAAUUAUUUUAUAAAUGUUACAUUUAUAAUUUUUAUUUAAAUUAAAUAAUCUUUAAAACACUAUAAUUUUAAAAUAUCAUUAUUGCUUAAAAUUUAAUGUCCAAAUUCUAGAUAACAUGACUAUUUCAAAAUGUUUACAAAUAGUAAUAUUUAAACAAAUUAUAUUGUUUAUUAUGUAUAAUUUUAUUUUUUAUUAUUAUUUUACAUUUUCAAUUAAGACAUCAAUUAUCACUACCAUAAUUAAUAUUCUCUCACCUUUUGUACAUUUUAUUUUUGCUCAAUAAUUUUUCACUUACUGUGGAUUAAAUAACAUUUAUUUCUAACCAUUUUGAUCUCAAUUUUAUUUUUAUUAUAUUUUUACUGUAUAAAUAAUGUAUUCAUUUAUUUUUGUUAUGGUAUGUUUACAUAUUAUUCAAUAUUAUACAAAAUACUCCAUACAUAAUACUUACUUUAUUUUUUGUGGUAUAAAUUUACCUAGACAUAACACGUGCUGUAUUGGCGAAAAUCAAAAGUUUGCAGAAUAAUUAGAAAGACGAAGAUGUGCAGCUUAUACUACAAUAUACUUAUCACUGCACUGUCUGUUUAUUAUUUAAUGAAAAAGUUUCAUAAAAAAUUGUUUUAUCUACUAAAAUAUUAUAGUUUAUAAACAUUGCUAAAGUAUUGAAAGUUGUAAUCACAAUGUGUACAAAUAAUAUACAUUGAGAUGAUCCACAAAUUGUUAUAAUGAGUAGAUAAAAGUUAUUUAUUUAUAAUUUCAAGAGUUGUAAUUAUAAUUAUUAACUUUUGCAUUGGGUAAUAUUUUUCUAGAAACAUGAAUAAUAUGUUUGACUUUUUGGCUCAUGUUUCAGAAAAAUAUAAUUCAAGAAUUUGAUCUGUUUUCAAAGAGAGACUGUCGAACUAUCCAGAGUUAAUAAUUUAAGUAACGCAUAAAAAUAAUUUUGUCUCCACUAAAAUUAUUUAUUUAUUUAAAGACAUCAACUGCGUGGUUAUUAGCCUGAUUUUAUUGUAAGGGGGUAGUUGGGUACGGUUGGUUCGGAACACAUGUAUAUGUGCUGAGAUUUGUCACUAAGACCUAGGUGGACACACAUCCACUAAAAUUAUAUACAAUAUGAAUUCAGAAUUUAUAUUGUUUUUUGUUUUAAUAAUUGUUAGGUACCUAAUUAAUAAGUUCAAAUCAAAACUUAAAAUAUUAUAAAGUCCAUUCCAAAACAAUAGUAAACGUUCACUGAGAAAACUAGUCUAAAUAAGACUGAAAGACAGAACUUUCUUUAUAACAAAUAAUAGUUACUGUUUAUAAAUAAUUAUAGCUCGUGUUAUAUACUUUUAAAUAAACCAUACGGGCUGAUUUUUUUAUCGUGGAUCAGCCUCAAUUCAAGUAAUAUUUUGGAACUUGACCAAAAAUUAUUAUUUUGUAUACCUUUAGUUAGAUAAAACUGUACCAAUUUGUGAUUUUAAAACUGAUGCCUGUAAUUUCCGUUUCGAAUUUUGAAACAUUUUUAUGGACAUUGAUGAUAAAUUGGUUGACAGUCAUUUAUUGUAACUAAUGUUUUUAACGGGAUAUAGGACAAACAUUUAUCGUCCAUUUUUAGAUUAACCAAUAAUGUUGAUACAAUUUCAAUACUAAUAAUUAGUAUUAAACCAUCUAUGCGACAAAGCUCAUGAUUUAGGGAAUCAUUCGUCUAUUUUUGUACGCUAUUUUGCGUAUAAAUUUCAAUGUCAUUUACAAAUGUCUGUAAGAAAAUCAUGAAUCGGUACUGUUUUUUUACUGAUUAGAAGAGGAGGAUCAAAAUAUUACAAGUAUUCGGUUGAAAAAAGAUGUUGGCUUGUCGACGUUAAGAAAAUCGCCACGUCUACAGUUUUGGCAUGUCUUGUGCAUCUCAUAUUCAUUGGCCAUUGGAGAUCGUAAUGAUUAUAAUAUACAGUAUACGCAUUACGAGCGCACAGGCGGCCGGGAGGUCAUCUUAUUGGACACUAAUUAACAGGCAUUCAAUAAAAAAAUUAAGUCCUCUUAAUUUUGGGGGUGAAGUUCACGUGCAGUACCGUCUGCAUUGUCUUGCGGUAAUCCGGGCCUGGUAACUUGGUAAUCCUGGCGGCGUACAAGGUAAUUCACAGGGUGUUUCACCAGGAGACCCUGGCAUAAUUGAUUCCAGGGAAAUUUGGAGGUGUAUUUGUUGAUUCCCUUUUUUUUUGUUGUCAGUAGAAAACAAGGAAAAAGAAGUAUUUAUGAUGACCAAAUUUAAUAAUUUAAAAAAAAAGUUGGGAGACGUCCGGCCAACCUCCUCGUGGUGUCUCCUGGCUAACGCUAAUAGGCUGAAGUUUGUGAAUCAAUUAUAUAUCAUAUAUAUAUUGCGAUGGGCAUUGGCGUAACUGGAUAAAAAUCUAGGGGGGGGGCAAAAAGAUUAACCCUUCGUGUUCCUGUAGUCAUAAUCGCAAAUUUCAAGAUAAUAACAUGUUCACAAAUCACGGAUAAUAAUAGUCACGAAUAAUGCGAUUAUUGCAAUAACGGUAACACUGACAAUACCUACGUCGACAUAAUAUUAUUCAACAAGUAAAACCUAAAAUAAAUAUAAAUUUUUAUUAAGUAAUUUGAGGAAAAAAAUAUUUUAAUAUUAUAAUAUAUUAUGUUAACAGUUAAGAAUACUUUUUAAAUGUGGAUUGUUUUGAGGGGCAAAAUGAUACUUUUGCCCCCCCCACCCGCAAUUACGCCACUGGUGAUGGGGAAAUCAAUUCAUGCGUCCUAUAAGUGAACUCAGGAAUCAAGUCACCCACACCGGUGACUUCCGCAGCGUUUUAAUAUUCGCCGCCCCCUCCCCUUGAGCUGAAAUCUGUGUAAUGUAAACUACAUUAUCUAAUAUCUUCGUGCUGAAAAUUCGACGCCCAGCGUGUCACGUAAAUGACAUAAUGUCAUAAUACUUAUACACAUUUUACAUGAUACAUUAGUGUGUGGCAUUAUACAUAAUGCAUUAAAUAUUAUUAUCAGGCACGGUGUACAGUAAGUACAGUAAGUACACUAGUUGUACACGCUAUGGUAUAAACACUAUGUUGUAGCAUUUAUUGUAUAUAACAUUCGCUUAAUGUGGCAUGCUCUAUCAAUAAAUUGUAUAUGAAUGGACGAGAUCAAGUUCAAUGUAGUCGGUAAACUAUUAAUGAAAUUGAUGAUCUAAAUAUUCACGUGUACGGUGUACGUGCACGUGUGUUUAAGUGCGUUAGUCUUAGAUGUAUAUAAUACAACUUGUGUAUACAUUUAUCGUUUCAAACAUCAUUAUCGCGUUUCGUAAUGUUAAUAAACCAAUUUAACCGUUUUUAUUUUCAAAUGCUUAUCUGCUAAAGAAAUACAAUUUUUUUUUAAGGAACUAAUAUAUUAUUGUAUUAUUGCUCGAAAAAUGAUUUCUGAAAAAUGUAAUUUACCGUUCAUAAGUAUAUUUUAAUAUGUUGUAUUCUUUGAAAUAAUUAUUUCCAAUUGUGUAUAAAAUAUAAAAUAAAGCAGUCCAAAGGCCAAAUUUCUGUAUGCAUUGGUAUAAAUUAUUAUAUUGAAUGUUAGUAACAAUAAAAAAAAACCGUUUGAACGUUAAAGUAAAUUUUAAAUUCAAUUAUUAAUUUUCGUAAUAUAAAACAAAUUACGUACCUACCUAUAAAUAACAUAAUAUACAAGUAACUAGGUAUUUACGUAGUUACGUGUCUAAUAAACGAUACCAACUUAUAAAAAAAAAUAUUUCAAAUACAUUUGAAAUGCUUUUAAGAUUUAAAAUAAGUAAUCAAUAAACAGUGAAAGGCAUAUUGGCAUAUAAGUAAAUUAUAUAUUAAAUUACAAUUAAGUUUUUUGUUAAAUAUACUGUUUAAAACAAAAAUACAUUUUUUUGUUUUUUUCAAAAAUGAAAAAAAAAACACCAGCUCUGGAAUUUUCCCAGGAGGCCGCCGACUGUCGCUAAGCGGCUAUAAUUUGCUAUGCCACGGUCUAUAGACGAAACAUGUAGGCUCAACAAAUGUUGCAGAUGCAGCACAUAUAGGUACGUAAACAUUUUGCUGCACCUGUGCGCACGCCUAUAAGUUGUUAAAAUGUCAAUGAUGAUGUUUUUUUUAUUAAGGUGUACAAAACUGCAAAGAUAACAUUUAAUUGUUAAACUAUACAUAAUAAAAAAAAAAAAAACAAAAAAAUUCUUUAUAUUAUUUUUAUUUUGCUAUAGAUAGAGAGUAUUCAAAAACAAUGUUUUUAAGAUGCAGAAAGCAUUGAAUCGGCAGCAAUAAAAUCACAAUAUUUUAAGAACAACCAUCAUUAAAAAUGGAUGGUUUAAUUCGGUUUUAGGAAUAUGUUAACCACCACCGCAGUAGGUGAUUCAGUCAAAUUUAUGUCCAGAGCGUACAUUUUUAUGCACUAAAAAAUAUCACAAUAAUAUGCCAUCUAAUAUUCAAUAAAUAUACAAAAAAGGAUUUAAAGAAUAAUAAAAAAAAAUUACAUAAUUAGUUAAAACGUUUAUUUGAUAACCGUUUAUAUAUAUUUCAGUAUUAAAAUAAUUCAAAAUAAAUUUAACAACUUAAGGUCUUCUUCACUCACUGCAGCGGUGGCGGUUAAUUGCUGCAGGACACAUUUCACCGCUCACCGCGGUGGUAAAGCCAAGACAAUAGAAUUUAACCCCACUGCUGCAGUGUGUGGGGACCUUUAAUUGGGUGCUUAAUGCAAAAUAAAUACAUUUUUUUUCAGGGAAAUUGCUUGACAAAAUUAUGAACAUGAAUUUUUACUUCUUGUUAAAUACGAUAACAUUUUAAAUUUAUUUAAGUUCAAAAUACCAAAAAUUUAAAAAUCAAUAAAAAAAAAUGAAAAAUAAAAGUUACAAACUUUGUGUUAAAAGAAAAGCUUAAAUUAUUUACAACAAGCUAAAAUUAAAGCAUUUUGCUACAAACUCGCAACACUAAUGAUUUUUUUUUGUUUCCUUUAUUGUUAAAUACACAAUCUGUACCACAUGUGUACAAUAAGAGUUUAAGCUGAAAUACAAAAAUACAAAUAAUACAUGAAUAAUCUUGAUAAAAGCAGCCACCCAGUGAUGACACUUAAAAUGCAACACUAUAAUGAUGAAAAUUAAAAUCCUCAUACAUUGAUAACAUUAAAAUCUUAUCUUAUGACUAUUUUAGCAUAUUAUUAUAACUAUUUUUAUGAACAACUAAUUUAAUGGCCAUAAUUAUUGUAUUAUAACAGUAUAGUCUAUAUAUAUAGUCUAUAUUAUAGUCCGACUAUUAUAUUAUUUAUUUUAUAAGUAGAUCAAUUUGGUUUUUUUAUGAUAUUUACGAAUUACGAUUUACGACUUACAUAUUUACUAUGAAAAAUAUUUAUUUUAUUGAUUUUACAGACAACGGUGACGGAUGUAUCGAAAUCUUAAGGAAAGCUUUGCAAAAACACAAUAACAGUAGCAGAUAAUGCAGUAGUUAGAUAAUGAGUGUAUACACGGUAGGGGGGGGGGGUGGGUCGUCCAACCCCUCCCCUUUGGUAAUUUUUACUAUUCGUAUAAAUAAAUAAAAAUUAAUACAAUUUAAAAAAUAUUUUGAUAUAUUAUAUAUUUUUGUAAUAUUUGUGCUACUGAUAUAAUACUAUUAACUAUAAGUUAAGUUAGGUUAAGUUCAGUCUCGUUCAUCUCGUGCCAAUGCCCUCUUCUAUGUACUACGUCAUGCCACCACUAACUGCUGAAGAGUCAAGUAGUGAUGGGCAAAAUUAUCUUGGUUUUGCAGUGUUGGUCUUGGUCUUGCUGCAAGACCAAGACCAAGACUACGAAUUGCUUUGCAAGACCAAGACCAAGACUGAGUCUGCAAGACCAAGACCAAAACAAGACUCACACUGCAAGAGUCUUGUAGUCUUGCAAUAUUUAUUGUAAUUUUUUUUUUGAAAAUGUUCUCAGAAAACACGUCAUUUAGUGUAGGUUAAAUGGAAUAAUUUAUUAGGUAUAUAAUGCAAUUUUAAUAUUGUAUUUGACGUACAACACGUUCCAGGAAUUGAGGAAAUAAAAAAUUAUUGAAUUAUUGAAAACAAGAUAAGAAAUAAUUGGGUACCACCAUAGACAUAUUAUAAUAGAAUAUAUAUGUCUACGGGCACCACUAUAAUAAACGGUAUAAAGUGGUUUUGUAACAAAUAGCUGCAAUACAGACAUUUAAUGGAAUUAUUUUUAGAUGCCGAAUAUGACACAAACGUUGAUGUGCGAGCAGUGAGCACAUACAAAUAUUAUAAUAAUAACACCAGUCACCAGUACGGGCGAUACGGUAUAUAUUAUAUAAACGGCAAUAUUUAUUUAAUUAUAUAUUUAUAUAUAUAUACAUAGAGAGAGAGAUUAUUUAUAUAUAUAUACGUAAUCUCUAUAUAUAAUAUGUAUAUAUUGUACAAUAUAGUUCUACCUUAGAGAUAAUAACCAAUUAACAAAUUCUACAAAAUCACAGCAUAAAUAGAGAUUUUUUUUUUUUUAAUAUUGCAAGAGUCUUGCAGCAAGACCAAGACUUGAAGUGCAAGACCAAGACUGAGUCUGCAAGAACAAGACCGCCAUAGUCUUGGUCUUGGUCUUGGUUUGCCCAUCACUAGAGUCAAGACAUUGCUUUAUACGUUAUUUUAUAAAAUGAACAAUUUUUAAUUUUCGAGACUUAGUCUUAGUAAAUAAUUAUACUCGUAAAGUAUUACAAUUUUAAAAACUUUUUUUAAUUUUCCGAUUCUGUAUAUUUUGUGUUAUUUGUACAGAACAAUAAUCAGAACUCGAGAGUACCUAUUUUAAAUAACUUAAAUAUUAGUUAAAAGUUUUUGAGCUAAUAAGUUGGUUUUUAAAUUUUAUUAAUGACCUAGCAAUGAGGCGUUUUUUAAAUACUUUUCUUGGUAUUUCUGUACGAAAUAUUUAGUUCUCGUUUUUGACAUUUAGCAUUAUCUAUUUGGUAUGCUAAAGUUUAUGUCUACUGUAAUUCUAUUUUUGUCUUCAUUUUAAUUUACUUACGCAUAUCUAUUACAAUAUAUAUUAUGUGCAUGUUAAAUAAAUUGGCAAUAAACCGUGCUACGAAUAGGUAAACAAGUAAUUUAGGUAUAGGAAGUAUUAUUAUAGUAUUGUAUUAUAUUAUAUAUAUAUAUAUAUAUUCACCAAUUACACUCUCAUAACUAUACUUAUAAUUCCGAAUAAUUGUCAUGUAACAGUACGGGGUUGGACAUUUAGACCUGUAAUAACCCUAACGGCGACGGAGGGAGUGAUGCACCUACUUAAUAUUUCAAUAAUAACUAUCCACUUGGGUUUUUUUCAAAGAAUUUUUGUAUUCAUAUUUAAAUGUACCGAAGCAUCAGUGAAACGCGACGUGAUAAUGUCGUGUAAGCGACGUAAAUGUGUAACGAAGCCGAUGUCUGGAGGAUCCGACGAGCGAGUCGAGUACAUUGCACGGCUAUAACAAACUCUGCGGGCGAUUGUGCAGGUGAUCGUCCGUAGAGACGUACAAGAUAUUAUAAUGACAUAUCAUUAUUAUUAUUAUUAUUCGGUGCGUGUUCGACUCGGGGGGGAAAAAAAAUAUUUCAAACACUUGAUAAUUAUUUAACAAUAUAACGCAACCGUAUGAGAUAAUGUACGCCUCCUAAUAUUGUAGUCUAGACUGUCGGCUCGCACUCGGUCGAGGACCCCGGCGGCGUCGACGACUCAUCGCGGUCGGGUGCCAGCGACACGAAAAGCCGGUCGGGCCCUUUGAGCGGCGGCGGCGGCGGCGGCGGCGGCGACUGCACACCGGUACACCGUGCACGUGAUUCACACGUACCGGCCACGAGUUGCGUGCGUGCGACGUGUGACUAACGCCGUGCGGAAUGCGCGCCAUAAUAAUAAUAAUAAAAAAAAAAUGAUUAUCGGCCCGUCCGCAGUUGUCACCGGGGAGCGGAAGACCUUACGGGCGGCCGCGGCGUCCCGUUUUCUCGGAACGCGGGUCUCCCCCCCUUUCUGACGAGGACCACCGCCGACGGCGACGACGACGACGACGACGACGACGCCGUCACGCCGACACCACAUGUGCCCUCAUUGUGCGCUGCGUUAUGACUUGAAAUAAACGACGACGCAUAUAAUAAUAAAAUGUACACAAUAUAGUUACAUGCUUAUGACGCGACGUGCGUGUGCACUGACAACAACACUACUUUCGACAGAUGUAUUUCGAGUUGCACGUACGUCAUCUUGAUCAGCGAGCGCGGUGGUUUUUAAUUUGGCCGAAUGCGUUACUCGACGACUCCGGGAACUUUUCCCGCCAAAAAACCGGAGAAGAAAAAAACCGACGGUAUUAAUACGACGACGAGUGAUGCAACACGUGCAUGCACUAUGCAGUAUAUAGACAGACCGAUCUCGAACGAUCUUUUUAUACGGGCAUAGCUGUUUUCGACCAAAAACGUACCCUUCCCUUUUCGGCCGAUUCACUUUUCGACCAAAACAAUACGUUUUGUAAUAUGAUAUGUAAAAUAAAUAAAAUAAUUGGUAUAUAAUUUUUGUAAAAUUGUGGCGAUUAUAAUUUUAAAAAUUAUUUAAAGUAUAAGUUACAUAAAAUGUUGUAAAAUAAAGUAUUGUAAAAUAAAAUAUUAAAAAAAAAUUAAACAUAAAAACACCUAUUAUAUUAUUAACAUUAGUUUUGUGUUAAUAUGUCACACCGUGCAUAAUAUUUUAUAAAAAGAAUAACAUAAUAAUAUACAAUUGUUGUCAAUAAUUAUUAAGUCUAAUAGUAAUGUGUAUAAUAUAAUAUUAAGAAAGAUAUAGUGACUUUCUACAAUACGUAUAACGAUCAGUCUUGCAGGUACAUACUACAUAUACUGAUAUAACUAUAUAUUAUGGUAGUAACCAUCACAGUCGACGAUCACCGAUCGUAUAUAAUACAUCGUAAUAAUCGUAAUAAAAAAAAAAAAAUUUUAAUAUAUGGGUAUUCUAUUUUACAAAAAUUAUAUAUAAAUUAUUUAUUCUACAUAUUAUCAUAUUACAAAACUUUUUGUUUUGGUCGAAAAGUGAAUCGGCCGAAAAGGGAAGGGUACGUUUUUGGUCGAAAACGGUCUCGCCCUUUUAUGCACCGUACAAAAUCACCAUAUCGGGAUAAAAAUCGCUAAUGACAAUCGCUCCCGAUUUAUAUUCUCCCAAUAGACAGUGGCGUCGGAGAAGGGGGGGGGUGGACAAA